AAUUGUAGACAAUCAAUUUAGUUUAUUACUUUGAAAAAAAUCUAAUAAGAGACAAAGAGGAAGAGCACUAAUUGGAGACAUAAAUAAGGCCGUAAGCAUAAUAAAUAAAGAAAUUGAUAUGUCAUAAUUGAAUAUCAAGGAUAUGAAACACAAGCCUUCAUUAUAAAUCAUGUUACGUACUACGUCUCACUCAAUUUAUUAGGUGUGAAACAAUUGAAAUGACUUGUAUAAAAGAACGGGUUAAUUGAUAACUGUUAUUAAUAUCUUAUUCAGAGUAAUCUAAACUUUAUUAUGAAAGCAACAUCUAGUAGUAAUCGAGUAAAGAGUUAUGAGGAAACUAUCGACGCACUUAAUAAUUUGCAGAGUUCACCCCAUAAAAGUGUACGACAAAGGGAUAAUUCGAAUAAGUUGCAGAGAACCAUCGAUUUCCUUGAAAGAUCUGGGGUCUCGUUAAUUCAGUUAGAUGAUUUAUCUGUGAUCCAUGUCACAGGUACUAAAGGUAAAUGGUUUUCCGACAAGAUCACAACAUCUAAUUCGUAUAAAGCUUUAAUCUUUAAUAGCACAGGUAAUAGAAAUUCCAAAACACACCUUCAAAUUUUACAGAAAAUUGGCUACGAUAAGGUCCAUUUAGAUUUCGUCAGCAAUAAGUCAAGUUCUCUGCACUUAAUUGGAGCAAUUUUAAAUAUUAUUAAUCCUAAAUUAGAGUAUUUUCAAUAA